AGCAGGUCUGGGCGAGUGUCUGAUCUGUCGACAAUGUCUGGUUUAACUUUUCUUUGCCUAUAUGCAGGGCUACUCUAUCACACUACCAACGUGUUAAGUAUCCCAUUGUCGCAGGAUGUGCGAGAUGCAAUUGACGAUUAUAUUUCCCAGAAACAACACUUUCUGUCAAAAGAUGUGCAGAUUCUCACCAGUCGGCUAGCAAAAGUGGAGAACAAUCGCGAAAACGAUUUUCAAUUUUUCACCAAUCGCCUUCUCGAAGUGGAGACUAUGCACGCCAAAGAAUUAGAAACGCUUACCAAUCGCCUUGCGGAAGUAGAAAACAUGUGCAACAAAGAUUUUGAUAUCCUAACCAGUGGUAUACCGGAAGUGGAGAAUAUGCGCUCUAAAGAACUGCAAGCCCAGAUCAAUCGUUCAUCGGAUGUGGAGAAAAUGCACGGCAAACACGAUGUAAAAGGUUUGACAAAUCGGCUAAAGGAUUUAAAGAAUAACAAUUUCAAAGAUGUGAAGACACUUAAAACACAUUCCCAGACAUUUCAAGCUCCAAGCAUUGCCAAACGAACAUCAAUUAUAAUGAGGCCAAGAGUAGCACCCGUCACAGACUGGGUAGCUUUCCAUGCAAUACUGCCUGUCAGAAUACAUGACCCGGCUUACGGACACAUCAUCCCAUUCUCUGACAUGAAGACAAACAUCGGCACCGGAUAUCAUGCAACAACCGGGGUUUUUAUCUGUAACACGCCGGGCGUGUACGUCUUCUCGUGGAAUAUCCGAAUCCACGAACCAGCACAUGGACUGGAAACAGAGCUCAUGCUCAAUGGCGCGACAGUUGGGUACAACACUUCCGGUGGUGGGGACAACAGUGUUUGGGGAUACGGUUCUGCUACUGUGACGCUGUACCUUCAGGAAGGAGAUGAGGUCUGGGUCCGGGUCACUUCCAAAACUCCAGGGGUAUCGAUUGUUGAAUAUAAUUGUAUGUUCACCGGGUUUCUUAUUCAUACCUGAAUCUCGUUGUAGAAAGGCUGGUCUAUUGCUGUUCCUCCAAUUUUUAGACAAUAAACAGCUUUGU